AAGUAUUAGUACAGAGGAUAGCCACUAGAAUGAAGUAGUACUGAGGAGAGAUUGGGAAGAGAGUAGCAGUGGUGAGAGUUACCACACAGUAUAUUAGCAGCCAAUUAAAGGGAACAGACAUGGAGGAGGAAGUGGUUAACUGUUGGGGAGGGAAAACUAGCCAUAGCAGGAAUAGGAGACUCAGCCUAUGGCUGUGCCCAUCCUAGAGGUACUUUUUUCUGGCACCUGAGUUUUUGAUCCAUGCUGUGUGUUUACUGGCAAGACAGUUGUUACCGAAAGGGUUUUAAAACUGUGCAAGCUGUAAGAUUUUAUACUGUUUUUGCUGUACAGAUUUUAUAUGCUGGACCUGAUCAUUGCCAUGGCACCGUAUGCAGAUGAACCCUCCAUUACUAAGAUCUAUCACACUAUUUUGCCAUAUCUGGAGGCUCUAAACAGACGGUGAACCUCAACAAGCAGUAUUUGUAUUUGGGCAGUUAUAAUAAAGCUUUAUUGUGUAUUUCACAGGAUAAAAAUCACAGUUUGCAGAAGAAAGCCUAUAGAGUUUUGGAGGAAAUAUGUGCAGGGGAACAGCCACCAUGCAAAGAAUUUGUAAACAACAAUCUGGAAGAAUUACAGAAAACACUCCUGACUUCCCUGAAAAGCACUUCAUCCUUUCAUCCCCUGGUAAACGGGCUUGAGCUGGUAAAGUCCAUGUUGCUUGAAGAUUACCAUAAAGUCCUAGUAAACAUCCGUAAGGCUGAAGCCAGAAAUAAGAGACAGAAAGCAUUGAAACAGGCUGCAGCAGUGGGGGAGGAGGACGAUCAAGAAACCAAAAAACUGGAGGGAAAUAGUAUGGAAGACAUUUUGGCUGAUUCUGAUGAAGUAGAGGAAGAGGAAGAGAAACCAACCAAACAACAAAAGAAACGGGCCCGGCAGAAGAGCCAGGCUUGGCUUAAAGAAGGGGAGGAAGAUGACCCAGUAAAUUUCCUUGAUCCCAAAGCUGCACAGCGUGUACUGGCUCUCGACAAAAGGCCAUGAUUCCCAGACCUGGAUGUAAUGGAGAAGAAGGGCACGUAACCUCCUUUGCAACCACAGACUGGCACAGAAAAAAGAUAUUUUGUAGCAGUUACCGUAAAAGAGAUGCCAUAAGAAUACAGCAAUUCAGUAAGUACCCCUUUUUCUUAAUUAAACAUUAUGAAUGCUGAAGGUUUGCUCUCAUUAUGUUCCAUGGUGUGUGCUGAGAAGCCAAAUAAUGUACCCGCUUGUGUUAUACUCACAGGGAUGCAUUGGGACAGUGAAUGCAAUAAAAGGAACAAGUAAUAUUUUUUCCUACAUUCCAAGUUUCUCUGUGUUUCUUUGGGUAUGGUGCUUUAAGGUUAAUGUGCUCCAUUAUUACAUUAUACGU